UUAUAUUUGAAAUGUUAGCAGUUAUUACGAAGAUAAAAAUAAUAUGGCAUACAAAUUAUUUAGUGUUAAUAGUAAUCAGGUGUUCAGAAUGUUUAAAAAUACCAUAUUAUAUAACUCAGCAGGGGGUGGUCACAAUUUAUACACUUGGAUCCUGAAUAGUGAAAAAUUAUUUCUUCACUUAGUCUACUAGUCUAGUAUGUACAGUAUGCUGAAUAAAAAAUUUAAGAAGUGCAAUAACAAAGUUUGAAACUACUAUUUCUAAAAUGUAUAGGAUAAGUAGACCCUAUGUUGGGUCAACAUCCCAGUCUUGUUUAUGUUCAUGUUUCAAUAUGCAGUACUUCACAACAUCUUAUGGAAUUAUAAAAAUUAUUCAAAUAAUACUAGGGUCCAUUUGUCAAAGUAUAAUGUUGUUCUAUGGGACGAAGUAUAUUCCAACAUUUGGAUCAUAUGAAUCAUUUCUUACUACUGUUGCUGGAUGUUUAAUGACAACAACUGUGAUUAGUGUAUCUUAUUUAUUAUCAAAAAAUACCGAAGUUCUUGUUAGAUCAUCACUUUUUGAAAUAAUUUUUGGGAUCUUUGCAUCUAUCUGUUACUUGAGUUCUUCGUCAUUGCUAACAAUAGCAGUUUAUACAUUAUUGUAUCCAAUUAUUAUGACAGUACCAUUCACCUCCUUAUUUUCAGCAGUAAUAUUGGCUUAUACAUUAGGAUUUAUUCUUGGAGUUAUAUACGCAAUUGAUGCAUAUUGGGCGUUUAAAUACUACAAAGGAUUUUCAUAAAAAAUAUACUAAGUUUGUUUAUAACUAAAUAAUAUUAAUAAUAAUCAUAAUAAAAAAUGUAUU